AUGAAGCUUCUUUUGCUACUGCUUGCCUUCUGCUGCCUUUCUCUAUCAAGGUGUGAAGAAAAGAACGUACCAUAUGAUUACUCGGCAACGAUAGAGUGUCUAGGGAACCCUAAUAAGCCACAGUACAAUGGAGGGAUCAUCGUUAACCCUGACUUACAAAAUGGUUCUCAGGGAUGGUCACAAAUGGGAAACACCAAAGUCGAUUUCACAGAAUUUGGAGGCAAUAAGUUUGUUAUUGCACGAGGGAGGAAUCAAUCUUAUGAUAGCGUCUCACAAAAGGUUUAUUUGGAAAAGGGACUUCUCUACACUUUCUCUGCAUGGUUACAAGUAAGUAAAGGGAAUUCUCCUGUGAGAGCCGUUUUCAAGAAGAAUGGUAAAUAUAAGCAUGCCGGUUCAGUUAUUGCUGAAUCCAAAUGCUGGUCCAUGCUCAAAGGUGGUCUUACUGUUGACGAAUCUGGUCCUGCCGAUCUCUACUUUGAGAGCGAGGACACAACCGCUGAGAUUUGGGUUGACAGCGUCUCGUUGCAACCAUUUACACAAGAAGAGUGGAGCUCUCACCACAAGCAGAGCAUUGACAUAACGAGGAAAGGAGCCGUGAGGAUCAGAGCCGUAAACAGCGCCGGUGAGCCAGUACCAAACGCAACCAUCUCAAUCUUACAGAACAGACUCGGGUUCCCAUUCGGGUGCUCGGCAGGAAGUAACAUACUUGGGAACCAAGCCUUCCAAGACUGGUUCACUAAGAGAUUCACCGUGACAGUUUUCGAGAACGAGAUGAAAUGGUACAGCACGGAAGUUGUAAGAGGCAAAGAGGAUUACUCAACCGCAGACGCGAUGGUAAGAUUAUUCAAGCAGCAUGGGAUCGCUAUACGUGGCCACCAUAUUAUAUUGGACGACCCUAAAUAUCAACCUAGUUGGGUGACGGCAUUGAACGGACCCGAUCUCUACAACGCCGUGAAGAGAAGGGUUGACUCGGUGGUGUCAAGGUACAAAGGCCAGCUCGCUAGUUGGGACGUUGUGAAUGAGAAUCUUCAUUUCUCGUUCUUUGAGAACAAGAUGGGCCCUAAAGUCUCCUAUAACGUCUUUGAGCAGGCGCAUGCUGUUGACCCAACGACUACAAUGUUUAUGAAUGAAUUCAAUACGUUAGAGCAACCAGGGGAUGCGGUGUCUAGUCCAGCAAGGUAUUUGCAGAAGCUUAGAGAGCUUCAAUCUAUUCGUGUCCCCGGAAACAUUCCUUUAGGGAUCGGUCUUGAGUCUCAUUUUUUCAACACUCCUAACAUUCCGUAUAUGAGAUCAGCUCUUGACACUCUUGGUGCCACUGGUUUGCCUAUUUGGCUCACUGAGGUCGACGUCGCAGCUCCUCCAAAUGUUCAGGUAACUGAAAUAUAUUUAAGGGUUAUAAAUAUUUUAACGUUAGUCUUAAUAACAAUAUUUUUUUUUUACAAUUUGAGAAAAUCUUGGGGGUAAAUGUUUCAUCCGUCUGUGCUUAGAAUCGGCUCUGCUCUUAUAAGGGCUACUGGAAAUCCUGUCCCAUGUUGUUCCGCUCUGUCUGAUAUCUGAGUUUCUUGCAGGCCAAUUAUUUCGAGCAGGUCCUUAGGGAAGGCCACGCACAUCCGAAAGUGACGGGAAUGGUGACGUGGUCAGGUUAUAAUCCAAGAGGUUGUUUCCGAAUGUGCCUCACCGAUGGCAACUUCAGGAACCUACCAACCGGAGACGUUGUGGACAAACUUCUGCGAGAGUGGGGAGGGCUUCGUGGGAAAACCACAGGUUUAACUGAUGCUGAUGGAUAUUUUGAAGCUUCACUCUUUCAUGGUGACUAUGAUCUCAGUAUUGCUCACCCUCUCACCAAUUGCACAGCUUCUCACAGCUUUAAGUUGACUUCUGAUGAUUAUCACCCAUCUCCUACUGUCGUUCGUGUUUGAGACGCUAAGUUUAAGUUUACAACUACUUUGUAACUGAGUAGCUUGAUUUUAAAUUGUAGCCUUCUGUGAAGAAACUCCCGAGGGUUAUUAUUAUUCACAAACACCAUUAAGUUGGUUUACUAAAGUUUAAGCCUUGGUAGCAUCUAUCAGUCAAUAAUACUAAUAACCAACUUCGAUGUAUAACCGAUUUAAGACUUUUAUUUCUUAUAUUUCUGAUCCAACAUUGGUUGUUAAACUCGUAGGAAGUUAAACAAAUCAAACUACUACAUAUGGGCACUCGUAGUAAAUAAAAUAUUUUUGAAGAAUGCAUGGACCAAGUGUAGUUAAAUGGUCAACUAUUUUUGAAGAAUGCAUGGAUUUGGGUCAGAUUAG